AUGGCACAAACGAUACACCUUUGUGCUGUUAACAUUGUGCAGGCAGGCAUACCUGAUGGUCAGGGAGGUGGUGCAGAGGAAGCUCGAAUGUGGGAAUCAUUUGACGCCGAUGCAGAUUGCUUCACCUUUGGCACCAGACAGGGCCCUGAAGCUCUUGCAGCGCGUGCUGAGCACCACUGGGAGCGAGAGCUGAGAGACUUCGAGCUGUCAGAGGAUUGGGCACGAGAAAGUGCAGAGGAUGACUGGUUGGCCGAAAUUCUUGGUGACAUCAAGCUCAACGAUGGUCAGAAUGAAGGCCCUGUCUUUGAGAAUAUGAGCGCAGACACUUCUUCGUCCAACAGACAGUGGGCUCCAUAUGAUUCAAGAACGAUGUUCUUGCUAGACCUUCUGGGCAAUCUACCACGCCUGCCUGUGUCUGACUCUCUAAUGCGAGUUUUUCUAUGGAUACUGAAAGAAACUGAGCCCGAUGGGCCUGUCUCAGAGAUAUGGCACGGCCUGAAAUGGCGCCAGGAAAUGGACCCCGAUGCACUGAGCCCUAUGUGGGAUGCAGGCAGCGGUCGGCAUUACUAUGUGAAUGAACUAGCUGAGCUGCAUGAUGGGCAGCUCGUGAUACCAAUUCGAUGGUUCAUUCGCCACAGUCAAGUUCACGCAGAUGCGUUUUUGGUCAUAGUCAAUGCAGAGGGCAUUGCUUCCGUGCGUGAUAGCGAAGAGAUUAUUGUUGCAGCCAAUGAUCUGUCUAAGAAUUUCUUGGAACUUGAUGACAGGCUUUCUGCCGCAUGGGACGAACAUGCUCAGUCCUGGGGAUAUGGCAAGAAGAUGCCCAAUCCUCUGUGCAACAUUGCUCAGGGAGACCCUCUCUACACUAGCUACAUCGACUAUUUUGGUGAUGAUGUCUCCGGUAAUCGCUCCAAGUUUUGGAACAAGCACUGGAAUGCCUAUAUCACCCACCGGAACCUUCCCCGCAAGAUGCUCCAGCAGGAAUUUCACAUGCACUUCAUUUUGACGUCUCCGCAUGCCAGCAUUACAGAGCAGUUUGGAAAGUUUAAAGAGGCUGUUGAGUCAACCCACACCAAGCCAGUUCAGGUUCGCAAUGGCUUAAAUGGACAGACUGUUCGAUUUCGGGUCUAUGUCAAUGCUGAGCCCUCUGAUAAUCCCAUGCAAAGCGAAACCUCUGCACAUAUCGGAGGUGGAGGAAAUUUAUUCUGUCAUAAGUGUGACACUGGUGGUACAGACAAGCACAAAGAGAGCGACUGUGGCUUUGAAAGCCUCUUUAACCCCGGAACUCCAUGCACCAAGGACGACAUAGUUCUUGCCUUGAAGCAGCAGGUUAACACAGCAUGUCACGGGGUCGCACAGCAUGUCAAGGACCUGCAGACCAAGACUGGAGUCAAGGAUGCAUACACUCAGCACUGGAUCGACAACACUCUCGAACGUGCUCGCUCGAUGAAGAAAAGCAGCCCAUCUCGCUUGAAAGAGUCUAUCCAAGAAGAGCUGACUCAGUGGGUUUCCGACAACUGGUCCACCAUACUCACUCCAUUCUACACCAUGCCGGGCUUUGAUCUGACCAAGGACAUGCCAAUCAAAAUUCUGCAUACAAUUCUGCUAGGACUAGCGACUGAUGUCAAUGGGCUCUCUAUUCCUGCGAUUCGUGCAGGCUAUAUUUUGCAGUACGCAAACUCACUUAUCGGCCGUCAGCUCAAGACGAUAGCCCAGACGAUCGUGUUUCAUGUGCGUGAUCUUGUGCUGCCACUCUACUUUCAGCUGUGGGUUGCCGUCGGAGAGCUGUCUGCAUUGCUGUGGCAUUCUGAAAUUCACAACAUGGACAAAUACUUGGACGACCUUGAUAUUGCUAUUGCCAACGUUCUUGAUCUGUUUGCAGAGAUUGACCCCAGCAAGAUUGUCCAGAAGAUAAAGAUUCAUCUUCAAACUCAUGAUCGAUACGACAUCCUGCAAUUCGGGCCUCUGGUGGGGCUUUCGACCGAGGUUUUUGAAAGCUCCAAUGCGGUAUUCUGGUAUUGCUUGAUCCACUCUAACCACCGCGCUCCGAGCCGUGAUAUUGCUCUGCAACUGGCGGCCCAAGAGUCACUGAAACACUGCAUCACAGGUGGCUACUGGCCGACAGACAGUGCUGACUCUCCGAAUGCUUGGACAAACGCGGGCCUCGGAAUCCGAGAUUAUUUGACCAAUCAGCCAAUUCUCCAGCGCCUGCUUGGCUGGACAUCACAUACUGCACAGAUUCCUGGUUCUGCGCUAUCUGUACCACUGAAACGCGGCCAGAAAACUCGUCCUACGUGUUCUCUCUCACAGACGAAGGCCGCUUCUGCAGGCAAUAUAGGUUCCUUUAGUGACAGCAGAUCCUCGCAAUGGGCAGAAGGACGCUCAUUUGUGUCGCAGAGCAAAGAAGUAUGCACCAACGGAACAUGGGUCUUUGCACGGUCACCUUCAGAUAAUAACCAGUCGGUCAUCGGACGAGUAGCUGAGAUCCUGAUUGAGGCUGAAAACAGCACUCGAACUCUCAUUGUGCUUGAGCAGUUCAAGGUUGCUGUGAUGCGCCACGAGACAUUCAAAAUGCCCUAUCUUGUCUCGUCAUUUGGGGAAUCAUACUUAAUCCUUGCCGCAAAGGUACGGGGCUAUAAUAUCAUCCAGUGA